UGUAGAAACAAGUGUAGUGUUGAUUUUCAGAAACGUGCAGUCGCAAAAGCGGCGCUCUCCUUUCAAUAGCGGUCUUUUUAAGUAUUUUUCGACAUUAUGUACAUCAAAGUGGUGUGGUUAUGUUUAAUUUUCGUGUGUUUCUCGCACUGUUUACCAACGGUUUACAAAUACAACGAAAACAAAAUUUUAGAACCAGAUCUGGUGCCGGUGUCCUCGACGGUGAUUCCCCUGCCAAUUUACCGUGUCAGUUCCGGGUUACAGGUAGCACCAAAUUUGAAAGAUGAAAAAAUUAAAAAACCAGAAGGUCCAAUAACACUUUUAACAAUCCACAGUAAGAAGAAAGCCGCAGAACAACCCAAAGCAAAACCCUCAGACGUAUCAUCGGUGAAACAAGUUAGCAAAAAAGAUUUUGAUAAUUAAAUUGGAAGUGUACCUAUGAGUCUAAAAUCAAAGAUACAUCUAAAUCAGUAAUCCGACUACCACAGUAACUGAGAAUGAUUUUUUAAUUCUUUUGAUUUUGUGACAACACGAAGUUACCUUAAUAGUUUAGAAAACAUACGUAGAUUUAACUUUUUGUAAAAUAAAUAAAUACAUAUUUAAUAUUUUUUUAUAUCCACUUUUA